AUGGUAUCCACGCGCUCCAGGGACCGGGUGUCCCAGCCAGGCGAGGCCACCACUUCCGCUAAGAGCGGCUCGCAGGACGUGCUGGAAGCAGAGGGCAACCAAGCAGAGGUGAUGUCAAGGCGGGUAGGACGCCAUGCGGCGCCCGCGAAGGAGGAGCCAACGACGCCGCGCGGUCGUUCGCGGACGCGGGCAGCGGCGGCCGCAGCGCAGACGCCGCACGAGCUGGAGCCCAUCCCUGAAAGCCCCAGAGCGGGCGCAGCGCAGCCUGAAG